AUGGAAGAAACGUCAGAGCUCCUGCCGAUCAUCGGCUUGAACUGGGAUGAGGUGAAAAUCCCGCUGGUGAUUUCGCUUUGGAUUCUUUUCGCUGGAAUCGCCAAGAUCGGCUUCCAUUACGCGAAUAGAGUCGCCCCGCGCGUGCCUGAAUGCUGUCUUCUAAUUUGCCUUGGGCUCAUUGUCGGCGGCAUUAUCUACGCGGUCAGGGAUGAUAGCAAUCACAACGACUUUCUGACGAUUGCGGAGCACUUGUUCACGCCGCAUACGUUCUUUCUCAUUAUUUUGCCGCCGAUCGUUCUCGAAGCCGGAUAUUUUAUGCCGAAAGAUGCCUUUUUCAACAACAUCGGAACAAUUCUGACUUAUGCAAUCAUAGGCACGCUUCUUAACUCCUUUGCCACUGGUCUUUCUCUUUACGGAGUGUACAAAGGAGGAUUGAUGCCCGGCCUGGACGAUUCACACGACCGUCCGAUGGGCAUUUUGGAAUCUGUCAUCGCUGUCUUUGAAGAGAUACAUGUCAACGUGGUCCUCUACAUUUGCGUCUUUGGCGAAUCACUGCUCAACGAUGGUGUUGCUGUCGUUCUGUAUAAAGUGUACGAAUCGUUUUUGGAAAUGCCGGAAGGAUCUGUAAAUGCUACGAAUAUUUUUCGUGCUGUUCUGAAAUUCUUUGUCGUUGCCGGAGGAGGAACUCUUUUGGGGAUAGUUUUUGGCUUCUUUGGAGCAUUUAUUACAAAGUACACCAUCCAUGUUCGAAUCAUUGAACCGACAUUCGUUUUCAUCGUCUGCUACAUCGCGUAUUUGACUGCAGAAUGCGUCGAUUUUUCCGCCAUUCUCUCGAUCGUAUUUUGCGGCUUCACGAUGAUCUCUUAUGUCGAGCACAAUAUUUCUGGCAAAUCGCACACGACCGUUAAAUACGGCAUGAAGAUGGUGGCUAAUAUUUGCGAGAUUACGAUCUUUAUGUUCCUCGGAAUCUCCGCAAUUUCGGACUUUUGGAUUCAUUGGAAUACUGGCUUCGUUUUCUGGACGGUUUUGUUCAUCACAGUUUAUCGGUUCAUGUCUGUUUAUGGGCUCACUUAUCUUUUGAAUAAAGGAAGAUUGGAGCCAAUUGGAAAAGUCGAUCAGUUUGUCAUGGCAUACGGAGGUCUUCGAGGAGGAAUCGCCUUUGCUCUUACAAAACUGACCUCGAUCCAGCUCGUCCCGCAAAUCAACGUCAUGCUUUGUGCCUGCCUCGUGGUUAUUUUCUUCACUUCCUUCAUCCAAGGUGCUUCUGUUGGGCCGAUCGUAGAAUGGCUCAAUGUCAAAAAAGGCGAUGCGGAGAAACGAGGAAUGGAUGAAGAAGUGGUUUAUCGAGCUAUUGAUCAUGUUGUCAGCGGAAUUGAAGAUGUCAUUGGACAUCAUGGCAUGCAUUGGUGGAUGCAUAAGCUCUCUGAAUUCAACGCGAAGCGAAUCAAUCCGAUCUUCACGAGAGAUGCUUGGCGACUCGCCGAUCAAGAGAUUUUAGACAUCUACCACAGGAUGAACCUCCGAGACGCGACAAAAAUCAUCAACAAAGCCGAUACGGGAAUCAUGCUCAAUCGUUCCGAGCAGAAACUCGCCGAACUCAUGCUUCAGGGCAAUUCCUUGCCAGACAUGAACCCUCAAGACUCCUCUUCUUCCAAUCUUCGACUGAACCUCGAUGAAAACGCAGAUCUGGGCAAAUUCGACAAGAAGGAAUGCAUCAAAGUCAAGCACGACGCAAACCUUCACCAUAUGCUUGUCGAUCAUUUGUACCCAACGAGACAGAACAUGAAGACGCACGAAAUGCUCCGUACUCGUCGCGGUCACAUCCCUGCCGAGUCCAAAAUCUGCCACCAGAAACAAGAGAUCUUUUUCAGAAGGAAAAUACAGGAAGAAUCAAGAUUGUACCGCUCACAUAGCUUGCGGUUAGGAAGUAAGAAGCGCCAAAGAACGCUCACGACGACUUACGAAGAAGAUCUUUCUAAAGACGACUGUUUACCGAUUGUAGAAAAAAACUAUCUCACACUGCCAAGUGCUUUCUACGACCGUAGACCAUCAGCGAUGGAUGCUUUUGAUGAUUCUUCAGUCUCACAGACAUCACAGUAUCACAAAAACUCAAAAGACCCGAAGAAAAAGGGCCGAUACGAAAAAGUCGCUGGCGAUUUGGUUGAAACAGAAAGUGAACGCGCUCUGAAAAAGAAGGGUCUUGAGAAAAUGGAUGAUAUUGUAGAAGAAGAGGAUUUAGUUGAAAUCGUGGCGGAUGGAAGUCCUGAGUCGCCGGAUGAAGGAAUAACGCUGAAUAUUGAUUACACAAGCACAGACUUAUCGCGAACAGAAUCGCCCGAAGUGAACGGAAACAUAACUGCCAAAAACGAUGAUGAUACUCUCGUACUAGCACAAACCGAGCUCCCGUGGAAGAGCAACUCUAGAAUCAGCGUUGAAGCGGACCCUCGGACAAAUACCGAAACAGGCCGUCGCUACCGAACUACUUCCAACAUUUCCGGAACCUCCCAAGAGCAAUAA